UGUAUGUAUGUAUGUAUGUAUGUAUGUAUAUAAAUAUAUAUAUGUAUGUAUGUAUAAUUUUAAAUGAAAUUUAUGACACAUUAAAUAUUGAAUUAACAUAUUUAUUUUUAAUUAUAUAAUGACACAUUUAGGUAAUUAUUUAAAUAUUUAUUUAUUUAUUUCAUUCUGUCUCAUUUGACCCUCCACAUUAAGCAAAACUUGAGUCAAAUGAAAUAUAGACAUUUGCAAAAGGUUGACAUGUACAUCUACAAUACGUACAUUUAAAAAAAAAUUAAGAUAUUUGCCAUUUUUGCAGUAUGUUGCCAUCAUUUUAUAAAAACUGCCAACUUCUCAAUAGUUUUUAGAGUAUUUAAGUACAAUUGUGUUGUUUUUUGAGGCUGUUAUUUGCUUGCUUUUAUUUUUUAUUUUUUUGACAAAGCUUCACCACUGUAGUCAUAUUUUUUGCACUUAAGAAACAUAUCUGUGACUUUAGCUCCAGACUUCUUCUGUUUGUUUGAGAUUGUCAUUACUGCCACAAGUGGUGGAAAAGUGUAUUACAACUGCAUACCACAGCUGAGAAACAGAUAUGUUUUGGAGGCCUUCUAACGGGCGCUCAAGGCCAACAUAUGGUUAAAAAACACUAAUAUAAAUCUCCAUUUUGCAUCGCAUAUAAUCAAUUCCUUCUUAAAUUAUCAUAUUUAAAUCACUCUCUUUAGCCUUUAUACACGUGUCCAAAACAAAACACUGCAUUUGAAUUGUUUUGUGUCCAGGUAUAUUCUUCGAAAAUAACUAAUAAAGGAAUCCGAAAAAAAAGAUGCACGUUAAAUUACAGCAGCUUUUCUUAAAUAGAAGUAACUGAACAACAUUUCACAUGUCACUUUUUUUGCUUAUGCAUUUUAAAAAUAUCUAAAACAGGACUUUCGCAAACAAACAUUUUCUUAAUAAAAAAUGUAAACAUUUUUUGUUAUCUGCUAUUGAUUUGUUGUGUUUAUUCUAGACCAGGGGUGCCCAAAGUUGGGACGGCGGGCCAAAUUUGGACUGUUGUGUUGUUUUGUUUGGCCCACUAAAGGAUGGCUAACAAAUGUAUAACAUGUUCUAUUGACUUCUUUCAAGCUGCACAAUCAUUGGUGGUAUGUCCGCAAGACUACACUGUCAAAAAGUCAGUACAUUUUACUGUAAAAACCUGGCAGCCCAGUCGCCUGAAAUGUACCGUAAAAUCAUCAGUGGUUCCAUUGUUCCAUUUACAGAAAUGAACUGUAAAAAAAAUUAAAAAAAAUAAAUAAAAAAGUAGCAGCUCAAUCUCCAGAAUUUUGCGGGAAAAAUACUAGUGGUACUGUUUUUCAAUGUAUAGUAAUGCACUGUAAAAUAAAUAGCCGUACAUUUUUCUGUGGAGACAAAAAAAAACGGCAGCUCAGUCGAUAAAAUUUUCCUUUUCAAAUUAACAGUGGUACCAGUCCUAAAUUUACAGAUUUUAUGGUAAAAAUACAAUGGCAGCUCAGUCAUCAGAAUUUUAGCAUGAAAAAACAUUGAUACGUUUCUUAAAUUUACAGUAAUUGGGUGUAAAAAAAAAAAAUACAGCAACCUUCUUUUUUCAACCGUAAAAUCUAGAGAUUUUUUUUUCUUUUACAGACUAUCUAGUUGCGUUUUAAUUUAAGAACCCUUGCUCUACAGUAAAGUUGUGACAUUUUCACUUUGACCUCCGGAGCCAGAACGUGUGGGUUGUUCUACAGUCAGUGUUUAUGUCAAUGCAUACUGUACGUCAGUUAAAGUUAAAGUACCAAUGAUUGUCACACACACAAUAGGUAUGGUGAAAUUUGUCCUCUGCAUUUGACCCAUCCCCUUGUUCACCCCCUGGGAGGUGAGGGGAGCAGUGGGCAGCAUCGGUGCCGCGCCCGGGAAUCAUCUUUGGUGAUUUAACCCCAAUUCCAACCUUUGAUGCUGAGUGCCAAGCAGGGAGGUAAUGGGUCCCAUUUUUAUAGUCUUUGUAUGACUCGGCCGGGGUUUGAACUCACAACCUACCGAUCUCAGGGCGAACACUCUAACCACUAGGCCACCGAGUAGUCAGUGCAGUAAUGAUGUGCAACAUGGCCGAUACCAAAUCUUUAUGCUCUAAUAUUGAUUCUUAGAUCAAAAUAUCACUACUUUAGUUGUUUGAGAUCAUGUGUAUCAUUUACAGGAACACAGUGUAAAAAAAAAAGUAUGUAGACUUGUGAAUGAGACAAUGUGUCAAAGUAGAAGGCUUUUGUUGAGCGUUAUUUACAUGUCAGUAGUAAUUAGUUUAGUUUAUUAUUCCCUCGGUCAGUGGUCAACAAAAUAAACAAACAGUUUUACAUAAACAAACAGUUCAUGAAUUGAAAAUGUUGCAGGCUGAAGUUGAACACUUAUUGCGCCGAACCCUAUAAACAAUGUCAAAUACAAGAUGAGCUUACAAAAAUUAUGACAUUUCCUUUGCACAACAUAUUAUAAAUAUACCUUGUACACAACAUAAGCAUAAUUACACUUUAAACUAAGGAGUAAUUAUGCCGGCGAGUAAUCAUGAUUAUUCCAAAUUCACAAGCGUGAUUAAUCAGAUUUGUUUUUGAUCAUUUCACAGCACGAGUAUAUUCUAAACCUCCACUCUGAAAAUGACAAAUAAAAUAAUUUGAAUGUGAAAACAAGUGUAUUUAAUGAAAACAUGUCAUUUAGUAGUUUUACAGCCAAGUCAUGCAUGUGCUGCAGUAGGCCCAUUGUCACCAGCUGGGAGGGAGCUGUGGCGACGUGACCCCAAGAUGCAGCAGACGGGAGACAGAAGGUGAGUGAUAUAAUAUUCUUUAAUAUAACAAAAGAAGGCGAGUGCAACUCAUUAGGGCACAAGACACGGAAAUUAUUUUGUUUAAAGCAGGGGUGUCCAAACUUUUUGACUUGGGGGGGCCGCAUUAGGCUAAAGAAUUUUGGCUGGGGGGCCGAAAGUUGACAAACAUAUGGCAUAUACAAAACACAAAACCAGUAAAGUUGGGACGUUGUGUAAAUAAAAACAGAAUACAAUUAUUUGCAAAUCCUUUUCAACUUAUAUUCAAUUGAAUAGACUGCAAAGUCAAGAUAUUUAAUGUUCACAUUUUUUUUGCCAAUAAUCAUUAACUUAGAAUUUAAUGGCAGCAACACAUUGCAAAAAAGUUGGCACAGGGGCAUUUUUACCACUGUGUUACAUGGCCUUUCCUUUUAACAAUACUCAGUAAACGUUUGGGAACUGAGGAGACCAAUUUUUGAAGCUUUUCAGGUGGAAUUCUUUCCUAUUCUUGCUUAAAGUACAGCUUAAGUUGCUCAACAGUCCGGGGUCUCCGUUGUGGUAUUUUAGCUUCAUAAUGCGCCACACAUUUUCAAUGGGGGACAGGUCUGGACUACAGGCAGGCCAGUCUAGUACCUGCACUCUUUUACUAUGAAGCCACGCUGUUGUAACACGUAGCUUGGCAUUGUCUUGCUGAAAUAAGCAGGGGCGUCCAUGAUAACGUUGCUUGGAUGGCAACAUAUGUUGCUCCAAAGCCUGUAUGUACCUUUUGGCAUUAAUGGUGCCUUCACAGAUGUGUAAGUUACCCUUGCCUUGGGCACUAAUACAAUCAUUGUAUUCUGUUUUUAUUUACGAUUUUUACACAACGUGCCAACUUCACUGGUUUUGAGUUUUGUAUAUAAAUAUUAAUAUAAUGGAUAUAUAAUUAAUAAACAAUAUAAUUAGAUAUUAUAUGUGAAAGUUCGACUCCUACCUUGUUUACUCCCGUGACGACCUCCUUAAAGUUUUAUAAUCGAUCAGAAAUAUCAAGCAGCUAAAAUGCACCAAACAUGAAUAAGUAUCAAAAUAGCGUUUUGCAUUUUUCCUCAUCAUUCAUUGCAGGGAAUUUAAAAGAGUGUAAUUUUGAAUUAUGUGUUGUGCUUGGACAUUUAUUUUAUAAUAUCCACAAAGUUCAGUGAUCAAGUUGCGUUACGUGUAACCAUUUGUGUUGACUUUUUUUGUUCGUUUAUGUGAGCCAUGAGUGGGAAGGUUUUGGAUUGGGCCAUAAAUAGAAAUGCUGUGCUGUGUACACUUCAAAGUGCGGUUCAUGGUCAUUAACCUGAAUUGCUCACGUCGUCCUCACAACGGUGGCAAAGUUGCAGCAAUUAUACAACAGAUUUUUUAAAUUAAGUUAGAGAUGGAAGUUGGAGACACCCCGCGGGCCACAUUCCUUAUUAACUUUUGGCGUCAAAAUGAACACGCCGGGGGGCCGCAGUUUGGACACCCAUGGUUUAAAGCAAUAAGCAUUGGAAGGAAGUGCAAAUGACAAUGUCUGGAAGACCGCCCCGGACUAAGAGACUAGAGAUGUCCGAGAAAUGCUUUAAAAUGUAAUAUCGGAAAUUAUCUGUUUCAAAAAGUAAAAUUUAUGACUUUUUAAAACGCCGCUGUGUACACGGACGUAGGGAGAAGUACAGAGCGCCAUUAAACCUUAAAGGCACUGCCUUUGCGUGCCGGCCCAAUCACAUAAUAUCUACGGCUUUUCACACACACAAGUGAAUGCAAGGAAUACUUGGUCAACAGCCAUACAGGUCACACUGAGGGUGGCCGUAUAAACAACUUUAACACUGUUACAAAUAUGCGCCACACUGUGAACCCACACCAAACAAGAAUGACAAACACAUUUCGGGAGAACAUCCGCACCGUAACACAACAUAAACACAACAGAACAAAUACCCAGAACCCCUUGCAGCACUAACUCUUCCGAGACGCUACAAUAUACAACCCCCCGUAGCCCCAAACACCGCCCACCUCAACCUCCUCAUGCUCUCUCAGGGAGAGCAUGUCCCAAAUUCCAAACUGCUGUUUUGAGGCAUGUUAAAAAAAAAUAAUGCACUUUGUGACUUCAAUAAUAAAUAUGGCAGUGCCAUGUUGGCAUUUUUUUCCAUAACUUGAGUUGAUUUUAUUUUAGAAAACCUUGUUACAUUGUUUAAUGCAUCCAGCGGGGCAUCACAACAAAAUUAGGCAUAAUAAUGUGUUAAUUCCACGACUGUAUAUAUCGGUAUCGGUUGAUAUCGGAAUCGGUAAUUAAGAGUUGGACAAUAUCGGAAUAUCGGCAAAAAAGCCAUUAUCGGAAAUCUCUAUAAGAGACUGAUUGGCAAGUGGGUCCUGGUUGUCAACCAGGCAGCCGGUGUGGACGGCACAAGGAAGUGAAUAUACAAAAUAAGGGCACAGGACAGGAACUAAAAAGCAUACAAACUGUAAGUCCAAAAAAAUCACAAGGGAAUGACACCUAUUUGGUAUUUGUUAAAGUGCCUUUUCUCACAUGUCAUCAAAUGUCUCAUUUAGAGGACAUUACAUUGUUUGCGUGUAUUAAAAUUUAAUAAUUAAUUAAUCAAUCCAACAAAACAGUACACAACAAUACUAUAAUAAUGCAAUCCAAUUCCAAAACCAAACCCGACCCAGCAACAUUCAAGAAUAGCAAUAAACAGAGCAAUUGAGAGGACACAAACAUGACACAGAAAAAUCUAAAAGUAGUGAAACAAAAAUGAAUAUUAUCAACAACGGUAUCAAUAUUAGUUACAAUUUCAACAUAGCAGUGAUUAAAUAUCCCUCAUUGACAUUAUCAUUACAGACAUGAAUAAAAAAAAUAAAAAAUGUGCGUGUAUUGUUUCCAGAUUUUCCCAGCAAAUGACAUACACCGUAUUUUUCGGACUAUAAGUCGCAGUUUUUUUCAUAGUUUGGCUGGGGGUGCGAAUUAUACUCAGGAACGACUUUUGUGUGAAACUAUUAACACAUUACCGUAAAAUAUCAAAUAAUAUUAUUUAGCUCAUUCACGUAAGAGACUAGGUGUAUAAGAUUUCAUGGGAUUUAGCGAUUAGGAGUGACAGAUUGUUUGGUAAACGUAUAGCAUGUUCUAUAUGUUAUAGUUAUUUGAAUGACUCUUACCAUAAUAUGUUACGUUAACAUACCAGGCACGUUCUCAGUUGGUUAUUUAUGCCUCAUAUAACGUACACUUAUUCAGCCUGUUGUUCACUAUUCUUUAUUUAUUUUAAAUUGCCUUUCAAAUGUCUAUUCUUGGUGUUGGGUUUCAUCAAAAAAAAUUCCCCCAAAAAUGCGACUUAUAUAUGUUUUUUUCCUUCUUUAUUAUGCAUUUUCGGCCGGUGCGACUUAUACUCCGGAGCGACUUAUACUCCGAAAAAUCAAAGGAUGUGAUUUUGAUAUUCUUUUUUUUAUUUUAUUUUUUUAAAUAAGGAUAUAAAUGUAAUUUCAAAUAAUGUAUUUUCCUUAAGCUAUUGUGGAGUGAGAAUGUGGAAGGUGCAUGCAGACGUCCCAGUCCCAGUACACCAUGCACUGGUACAACCACUUCCUCCCUCCUACUCGCAGAUGUGAAAGUGUUGCAGCCUUCCUGGUGCACAGCAGUCAUUCUGCAUGAUCUUGUCAGCGAGAACCUGCCGCUUACGUCUCCGUUUUUAUAUUCCGAGCACUCGUGUGUGCCGGAGGAAGGUUCAUGCAUGGACUGGAUAACUUCUGGAGAAGAAGGGAGCCUUUUUAAUUGAGGGUGCUGCUUCUUCAAAGGCCAAAAAGACAUGGGGAUUUGCUGCUCCAGGUGCAGAUCCAAACUGCCAGUCUUGGAGAACCCACCAGAUUCAGUGUCACCACCCCCUGAAGAGAGCUUGACUGUUUCGCUCUACGAUUUCCCCUCGUUUGAUGGCGCCAACCUGAUCAUGACCGUCGGGGAGAGACUGACCGUCAUAUCCGAGGACGGCGGCGUGAUGAUGGUGAGGUCAAUGACGACUAACAGAGAGAGUUACAUUCCCACCAACUACACCGCCAACGUGACACAUGGGUGGUUCUUCACAGGCCUCAGCAGACACAAAGCAGAAGAACUUCUCAUGCGGCCACAAAACCAGAAUGGAAGCUUCUUGGUGCGAGCGUCAGAAACAAAAUCAGAUUGUUUUUCGCUGUCUAUCCGCUGGCAAAGCAGCACUGGCUUGUCAGGCCGCGUGAAGCACUACCUCAUUGCUCAUCUGCGUAACGGCCGGGUUUACGUGUCACCAAAGUGCUCCUUCUCCUCCGUGAAACAGCUGGUGGAACACUAUUCCGAAUCGGCGGAUGGACUUUGCUGUCGGCUAAGAGAGCCUUGCUUCAUUCAGGGUUCAGACGUCCCAGGGGGGACCAGGCUCGUCGUCCCCGCAGAUAACAGGACGCCAACACAAUGGAAGGACAUCAGCAGAUCCGUGACAGUGAAAAGGACGACAAACUGGUCAGACAAGGCGGUGGUGAGCGAGGGUGUGAGGGAGGCCAUCAGCUCCUACCUCCAAAUGACAGACUGCAACAAUGACGGCUGGGACACUUGAGGAAAUACGUUUAUUUCAAGUGGUCGGGUCGCGGGGGCAGCAGCCUAAGCAGAGAAGCCCAGACUUCCCUCUCCCCAGCCACUUCGUCCAGCUCCUCCCGAGGGAUCCCGAGGCGUUCCCAGGCCUGCUGGGAGACAUAGUCUUCCCAACGUGUCCUGGGUCUUCCCCAUGGCCUCCUACCAGUCGGACGUGCCCUAAACACCUCCCCAGGGAUUUGUUUGAGUGGCAUCCUGACCAGAUGCCCGAACCACCUCAUCUGGUCCCUCUCGAUUGUACCCGUGAGCUUGUCCUUUCAGUCAUAACCCAAAGCUCAUGACCAUAGGUGAGGAUGGGAAUGUAGAUCGACCGGUAAAUUGAGAGCUUUGCCUUCCGGCUCAGCUCCUUCUUCACCACAACGGAUCAAUACAGUGUCCGCAUUACUGAAGACGCCGCAGCGAUCCGCCUGUCGAUCUCACGAUCCACUCUUCCCUCACUCGUGAACAAGA